GAUAACAUUUGUAAAUUUAUUAAUUUGUAUAAUGAAAAAAUAGUAUGUGGUUUUCAGAGAAUACAUUUUUUUUCGAAUAGCGUACAAUGUUUCCACCAAGUUCGUACAAUACCAAUGAACGCCAGAUAGCGAUAUUUUAAUCAAUUUUUUGAUUGAAAUUUAAAAAUGUCGAACGCAUAUUGGUUUAUGCGAAAGUAGAAGAUAGAAGUAUGUGUGAUUAUCUUAAACAAAAUGAGAAUUGUACAGCUCAGGCGAAAUCGUCUUUUCAGUAUUAUUAUCUGUAGCAUAUUUUUGCUUUACACAUUGUAUAUUGUUAUAAACUUUUUUUCUGACAAGCCUAUUAACAAUUUAAAGGAAUAUUGGUCAGAUAGUCUAAAAACAGUUAAACGGGUACCAGUUCUAUCAAAAGAGCUUGGUAAUUUUGAACUCAAGCAUGUAUCAAUUAGAAGUGGACCUGGAGAAGGAGGGAAACCUUAUAUCCUUAGGGAUGAUCAACAGAAUGAUGUUCAACAAUCAGAAAUAGAUUACGGCAUGAAUAUGGUGUGCUCGGACGAAAUUUCAUUAGAUAGAUCGAUCCUUGAUACAAGAAUGCCUGAAUGUAAACACUGGAAUUAUCCAGAAGUACUCCCCCGAACUAGUGUAAUUAUAGUAUUUCAUAAUGAAGGUUGGUCUGUAUUACUGAGAACUGUUCACAGUGUGAUAAAUCGUACUCCCCCACAAUUUUUAGAAGAAAUUUUACUUGUAGAUGACUUUUCUGAUAAAGAUAAUUUAAAAGGAGAUUUAGAUUCAUAUAUAGAACGGUGGGAAGGUAAAGUAAAAUUAAUAAGAAAUGAUAAAAGAGAAGGUUUAAUAAGAACGAGAUCACGUGGUGCACGUGAAGCUAAGGGUGAAGUUAUAGUGUUUUUGGAUGCACAUUGUGAAGUUAAUGUUAACUGGUUACCACCUCUCUUAGCCCCAAUAGCUGUUGAUAGAACUGUGAUGACAGUUCCUAUUAUCGAUGGCAUUGACCAUAAGACCUUUGAGUAUCGACCUGUGUAUCAAGAAGGACAUUUAUAUAGAGGUAUUUUUGAAUGGGGAAUGUUGUAUAAAGAAAAUGAACUUCCUGCACGGGAGAAAAAAUCUCGACCUUAUAACAGCAUGCCAUACAAGUCUCCUACUCAUGCUGGUGGCUUAUUUGCGAUAAAUCGUGAAUACUUUUUGUCGUUGGGUGGAUAUGAUGACGGAUUGCUUGUGUGGGGUGGAGAAAACUUUGAGUUAUCAUUUAAAAUAUGGCAAUGUGGGGGAAAUAUUCUUUGGGUACCAUGUUCGCACGUUGGUCAUGUGUAUAGAGGGUUUAUGCCCUAUACAUUUGGAAAAUUGGCUCAAAAAAAAAAAGGACCGCUGAUAACCAUAAAUUAUAAAAGAGUUGUUGAAACUUGGUUUGAUGAUAAAUAUAAAGAAUUCUUUUAUACAAGGGAACCACUAGCGCAAUUGCUUGAUCAUGGUGAUAUAUCAGAGCAAUUAGAAUUUAAAAGAAGGAAAAGGUGUAAAAGUUUUCAAUGGUAUAUGGAAAAUGUUGCUUAUGAUGUUUUUGAUAAAUUUCCCGAAUUACCACCUAAUAUUCACUGGGGAGAGUUGCGAAACAUAGCGACAGGAAUGUGUUUGGAUACAAUGAGUCAUUCGCCUCCUAGUUUAAUGGCUACUACUGAUUGUCAUGGAUUUGGUAAUAAUCAGUUAAUUAGAUUAAACGCUAAAGGUCAAUUAGGUGUCGGAGAACGAUGCAUAUCUGCUGAUGGUCAAGGAGUGAAAUUCGUAUUUUGCCGGUUAGGGACUGUAGAUGGUCCAUGGCAAUACGAUGAGAAAACAAAGACGCUUUUACACAGAGUGCACAAGAAGUGCAUGGCACUUCAUCCUCAAACUCAACAGUUAUCACUAAUGCCAUGUGAUAUCAAUAAUACGUAUCAACAGUGGUCUUUCCAUCAAAUUCAUCCAAAGUGGUGAAGAAACGUAAGUACUGGUGCUGUUUGCAUAUGAGACGUUUCAUG